AACUAGGAGGUUCUCACUGCCUGAGCAGAGGCCCCACACCCACCGAGGCAUGGGGCUCCCUGGGCUGCUCUGCUUGGCCGUGCUGGCUGCCAGCAGCUUCUCCAAGGUGCAGGAGGAAGAUAUCACCCCUGUGGUCUCCAUUGCCUACAAAGUCCUGGAAGUUUUCCCCAAAGGCCGCCGGGUACUCAUAACCUGCCAUGCACCCCAGGCACCACCGCCCAUCAGCUAUUCCCUCUGUGGAACCAAGAACAUCAAGGUGGCCAAGAAGUUGGUGAAGACCCAUGAGCCGGCCUCCUUCAACCUCAACAUCACACUCAAGUCCAGUCCAGACCUGCUCACCUACUUCUGCCGGGCGGCCUCCACCUCAGGUGCCCAUGUGGACAGUGCCAGGCUGCAGAUGUACUGGGAGCUGUGGUCCAAGCCAGUGUCUGAGCUGCAGGCCAACUUCACUCUGCGGGACAGAGGGUCAGGCCCCAGGGUGGAGAUGUCCUGCCAGGCGUUCUCGGGCAGCCCACCCAUCACCUACAGCCUGGUCGGGAAGGACGGGCAGGUCCACCUGCAGCAGAGACCACGCCACGGGCAGCCUGCCAACUUCUCCUUCCUGCCGAGCCAGACAUUGGACUGGUUCCAGUGCCAGGCUGCAAACAACAUCAGUGUCCAGCACAGCGCCCUCACACUGGUGCCCCCAGGUCGUGACCAGAAGAUGGAGGACUGGCAGGGUUCCCUGGAGAGCCCCAUCCUUGCCUUGCCGCCCUACAGGAGCACCCACCGUCUGAGUGAAGAGAAGUUUGGGGGGUUCAGGAUAGGGAAUGGGGAGGUCAGAGGACACAAAGCAACAGCCAUGUAGAAUGAACCGUCCAGAGAGCCAAGCACGGCAGAGGACUGCAGGCCAUCAGCGUGCACUGUUCGUACUUGGAGUUCAUGCAAAAUGCGUGUGUUUUAGCUGCCCUUGCCACAAAAA